ACUGGAGCACAGCCUGCGUCUUGUGUGAGGCCUUGCGUUGCGGCCUUAGAACCCGCUAUGCGACCACCAAGGAUAUGUGAAAACUUCCUGCUCCUCGCCGCCGCGGCGCGCGCGCUGCAGGCGCCGCAUCUCCGGGCGCGCCGCGCGAACCCGGCUGGCACGUUUUCGUUGUCUUGGUACCGGAUCUUGCCGCUCGCGAGCAGCUCCGCCUCUGCCCGGACGCGGACCUCCCCGAUCAUGAGCGCGGCCGCGGGCGGUGGAGCCGUGGAGCUACGGCCCUGCGCCAUCCGGGUGGUCGGCGUGGGGGGCGGCGGCUGCAACGCGGUCAACCGGAUGGUCGGCGCCGGCGUCCGCGGCGUCGACUUCUGGUGCGUCAACACGGACGCGCAGGCCCUCGCGGGCAAGGCGGAGCGGUGCGCCGGCCUGCACAUCGGGCGCGUGCUGACGCGGGGGCUCGGCGCGGGCGGCGAGCCCGCGGUGGGGCGGGCGGCGGCGGUCGAGAGCCGCGCCGACAUCGAGGAGAUGGUCCGGGGCGCGGACCUGGUCUUCGUGACGGCGGGCAUGGGCGGCGGCACGGGGAGCGGGGCCGCGCCCGUCGUGGCCGAGGCGGCGCGGCGCGCGGGCGCGCUGACCGUGGGCGUCGUGACGAAGCCCUUCGGCUUCGAGGGCCGGAAGCGCGCGCGCCAGGCCGUGGCGGCGCUCGAGGAGCUCGAGCGCCACGUCGACACGCUGAUCGUCGUGUCGAACGACAAGCUCCUGGGGAUCGUGCCGGCCGACGCGCCGCUCGCGGACGCCUUCCUGGUCGCGGACGACGUCCUGCGGCAGGGCAUCGUGGGCGUGUCCGAGAUCAUCGUCAAGCCCGGCCUCAUCAACGUGGACUUCGCCGACGUGCGCGCGGUCAUGCAGGACGCCGGCGCCGCGCUCAUCGGCAUCGGCACGGGGCGGGGCGCGUCGCGCGCGGAGGACGCGGCCGUGGCCGCCAUCUCGUCGCCGCUCCUCGAGGCGCCCGUGCUGAACGCGCGCGGCAUCGUGUUCAACAUCGUGGGCGGGCCCUCGAUGACGCUCGCCGAGGUCGACCGCGCGGCGCAGAUCAUCUACGAGAACGUCGACGCGGACGCGACCAGCCGCGCCUCCUUCAAGAUGUCGCGGCGCGGUCGCGCCGCAUCGUCGCGCCCGCGCAGGCGAACAUCAUCUUCGGCGCGCUCGUGCAGGACGGCAUGGCCGACGAGCUGUCGAUCACGGUGCUGGCCACGGGCAUCGCCGCGUCGGCGCUCGAGCGGGCCGUCUCCGGGGGCGUCGACGUCCGGCCGCUCCUGCCGCAGGCGGGGCGGCCCGGUCGCCGGCGCGCGGGCCUGCCCGCCUUCCUGCGCCGCAAGUAGGCGCCGCGGGCCGGCGGCGGAUAACCAAACCAUCUGGUUGGCUAGCUAUCUUAGCAGAGGGCUGGGCCGUCCACGGCUUAGAAAACCCGUGUCUCUGAGCCCUCCUGAAGCCCCAGGCGGCGGCGGGGACAAUCAUGGCCAG